AUGAGAUUAACAGCUGUUGCCCGCAAUGCGGUGCCAACGCAGAGAGCUGCCUUGCACUCUCUUCCCCGCCUGUCAAGCAGUCGUUUCGCUUAUUCCGCAUUCAACACCAGAUUUGCCAACGGCCGCGCACCGUCCCGGCUCCCCGCGUUGGCCAUCUUGAUCCCACAGCAAAGAUCGUAUGCCACAGGCCCCUCUACGUCCCAUGGCCCCGGCGGUCCGCCCAACUUCCCGCCGCCGGGGUUCAACGCACAGCAGGCUCAAAAGCCUCUUCCGAAAGAGUCCACUGGUUCAUCGCCCACUACCUCCAGCACGAGUGUUCCAGAUUCUGAGGCUACAGGGGCUGUGAAGCAAACCAGUAGCCCGAAGGCCACUGAAAGCGCAAAGGGAGUCGUUCAAACUAAGGAAAAAACCCUAGAGGCGGAGGCGGCGGCAAAACAGGUUGAAGAGCCAAAAGAGACCAAGAAGCUCACACUUGGUCAAAAGAUUAAGAAGGAAAUUCAACAUUACUGGGAUGGUACCAAACUUCUGGCCACUGAAGUUAAGAUCAGUACGAGAUUGGCUGUGAAGAUGGCUGCCGGCUACGAGCUUAGCCGCAGAGAAAACCGACAGCUUCAACGUACCGUCAAAGACCUGGGCCGGCUUGUACCAUUUUCAGUAUUUGUGAUCAUCCCGUUCGCAGAAUUACUCAUUCCUGUCGUCAUCAAAUUCUUCCCUAAUUUCCUCCCGAGCACAUAUGAAGGUCAGAAAUCCAAGGAUGCCAAGGCGGCAAGUUUACGAGUUACCAGAAAGGAGGUCUCUUCGUUCCUCCGCGAUACUCUGAAAGAAACUGGACUUCCGGUUAGUCCUACAAAUGCAAAGAAGGAAGAGUUUGCGGAAUUUUUUAGAAAGGUCCGGGCAACAGGCGAGGAUCCAAGCGCAGAGGAAGUUAUCACGGUAUGCAAGAUUUUCAAAGACGACCUUACCUUGGACAACCUUUCCCGGCCUCAGUUGGUGGGGAUGUGCAAAUAUAUGAAUUUGAACACAUUUGGCACCGACGCUAUGUUGAGAUACAACAUUCGCCAUCGGAUGCGGCAAAUCAAGCGGGACGAUCGAGCUAUAUCCUUUGAGGGCGUUGAUUCUCUUCUUGUGCCUGAACUUCAGACUGCCUGCGCAUCGCGCGGUUUGAGGACACACGGCCUUUCUCCUGCCCGACUAAGGGAGGACCUGUCGAUGUGGCUGGAUUUGCGCCUCAAACAAGGAGUUCCCUCAACGUUGCUGGUCCUGAGCAACGCCUACAUGUAUACCCAGCAAUCCCAAGAAUAUGAAAUCUCCUCACAGAUUGAUGCGCUCAAGGCAGUUUUGUCGAGUAUUCCCGAAGAACUAUUCCACGAGAUCGAACUUGAAGUCCAUAAUGCUGAAGGAGCAGCCACCAACAAGCAACGUCUUGAGGUCAUCAAGGAGCAAGAGGAGUUGAUCGAAGAGGAGAAUGAACAGAAUACCGAGACGCAGGAACAGGGAAUGGCUGCCCCCAACGAUAAUCAAGAUAUUGACGAGAAGGAAGACAAGGUCGUUGCAGCCAGCGAAUCCACCAACUCAGCUCAAACGUCAGAAGCGUCCGAGGCAGAAAAGGAUCUGUCCAACCAAGCAAAAGAGAAAAAGGCAGAGUAA